AUGCUUGAGAAGACUAGCUUCCCGCAAGGCCGCCUAAAAUCUGCCGAAAUCCAAUUCAUGGCCAAACCAUCGCAUAACCUCGCUGAGUUAUUGCAAUGUCUUGCCGAUUUUUAUGUAAGGGUUCUAGACUGCGAGAAUAUGUGCUCUCUUUUCCUUUUCAAUGGUCCGGAGGGGCUGAUGUCAUACCCGUUUCGGCCGAGUGCAGCCACUAUCAUUGCCAACGACAGGGCCUCAAACCUAUUCGAGGCUUCAAUCAGCUAUGAUGGGCAGGUCCGAGGCUUGGCAUGCAUCUAUUGGUAUCGUUAUGCCAUUUCAAACGACUCCAACUGGGAUGCUAUGACCCUCCGUCCGGAGAACUACACCAUUGCUUCUGAACCGCGGUGGCAAGCUUCUCUACUGGACGGUUUAGCCGAUGGCGUUCUGUCGAGUGAGAACUCCCAUCGAUAUUACGAAUAUGUCUCGCAAAUUAUGGGCAUGAACUCAGAGGCUCUUGACGAUUUCUACCGAGUUUUCCGUAUAUCUGGCAUGUCCCAUUGCGGCAGCGGUAAUGGGGCGACCUUUAUCAGCCACCAGUCAGCAAGCACUGCCAGUCUGGCACUGGAGGAAAACGUGCUGAUGGCGAUGGUUCGAUGGAUUGAGAGCGAAGUGGCUCCAGACACCAUCAUGGGGACCCGGUACAAGAAUGGCACCAGUGACAGUGGUGUUGAUUUCAAACAUAGACAUUGCAGGUGGCCAUACCACAACGUGUACCAAGGCGUUGGCGACUACAAAGAUCCUGAUACUUGGAAUCAAAGAAACGAGUCAAAUAAUAGCCCCAUGAGCUCCUUUGUCCUACAACAUGAUUAUUGCCUUUAUGUUGUGACAGACAAGUGUCAAGGUGAAUACUCACUGGCUCACCGCCUGAGGCACUCAACAAAGGAAGCUUCCUUCCCUGUCUGUAAGGCAGCUCAAAUGGGACGGAAGUUGAUCCGUCACAUUGUCCUAGCUACCUUCCUUCUCCAUCACAGUCUCAACCUGGUGAGCAAUCGCCGCAACUUUGACUUCCUCGUCUCAUACGCCAGACGAUCUACCUCGGACGGCACAAUCCCAAUAAAGCGAUGA